CAAAGUCACAAUCAGAUGCCAGCUUCUGAGCUCAAGGCUUCAGAAAUGACUUUUCAUUCAAGCAUUAAAGCCGAAGAUCCCAAGCCAGAGGAGAAACCACCAAGAAAGCACAAGGUGCCUCUGACAGCGGCAGAGGCUCUUAAGUUUUUUAAGAACGAGCUAUCUUCAUAUGAGCAAAGUGAAAUCCUGGGCUACACGGAGCUGUGGUUCCUGGGGCUUGAAGCAGAGAAGCUCCACGUGACUCCUGAGAAGUUCAGCAAAACGAGUUUUGAUGAUGAGCACGGCUCCUAUAUAAAGGUCCUGCAUGACCACAUUGCCUACCGCUAUGAGGUUUUGGAGAUGAUCGGGAAAGGGUCCUUUGGACAGGUGGCCAAGUGCUUGGAUCACAAAAACAAUGAGUUGGUGGCCUUGAAAAUCAUCAGGAACAAGAAGAGAUUUCACCACCAGGCCCUGGUGGAGCUGAAGAUCCUGGAAGCUCUCAGAAGGAAGGACAAAGACAACACCCAUAAUGUGGUGCACAUGAAGGACUUUUUCUAUUUUCGCAAUCAUCUCUGCAUCUCCUUUGAACUCCUGGGAAUCAACUUAUAUGAGUUGAUGAAGAAUAACAGCUUUCAAGGCUUCAGUCUGUCGAUAGUUCGGCGCUUCACCCUCUCUGUCUUGAAGUGUUUGCAAAUGCUUUACGUAGAGAAAAUCAUUCACUGUGAUCUCAAGCCUGAGAAUAUAGUGUUAUACCAAAAGGGCCAAGUCUCUGUUAAAGUCAUUGACUUUGGAUCAAGUUGUUAUGAACACCAGAAAGUGUACACCUACAUCCAAAGCCGGUUCUAUAGAUCCCCAGAGGUGAUCCUGGGCCAUCCCUACAACAUGGCCAUUGAUAUGUGGAGCCUGGGCUGCAUCAUGGCUGAGCUGUACACCGGAUACCCUCUGUUCCCUGGGGAGAAUGAAGUGGAGCAGCUGGCCUGCAUCAUGGAGGUGCUGGGCCUGCCACCAACCCACUUCAUUCAGACGGCUUCCCGGAGACAGACAUUCUUUGAUUCCAAAGGUUUUCCUAAAAAUAUGACCAACAACAGGGGGAAAAAAAGAUACCCGGAUUCCAAGGAUCUCACGGUGGUGCUGAAAACCUACGACACCAGCUUCUUGGACUUUCUCAGAAGGUGUUUGGUAUGGGAACCUUCUCUUCGCAUGACCCCUGACCAGGCCCUCAAGCAUGCUUGGAUCCAUGAGCCACGGAAUCUCAAACCACGGUCCAGGCCCCAGACCCUGAGGAAAACCAGUCUCUGUCUCCCCUCUGAGACUCGGAAGGCCAAGGUUCAAGGGCAUCAUCAUUUGGACGUAAAAGGUACAGCCCUUCAAAUAGCCAAAGACACUACAGACAAAAUAAAAUGUGGCCUCACUAAGCAGGUUCAGAAUUCGGGUGAUCAGCAGGGCUCUCUGCAGCAGGCAGCUGAAGUUGUCCCACUGCCUCAACUAACAGAAGCUUCCGGAAAGCCAGAGGCAUUUGUUGGACCAGAAGAGUCCAAGACCUCCCCAGGAAAACAAAGUAAAAACUCAUCACCCAAGAACAUGAAUAUUUUACCACCUAUUGUAUGA